UAGCCAGUAGCGCAUGUUUGUUUCGGCUAGUAGCCAUGGCUCGGUUCGCUGCCCUACUGCUUUUACCGGUUCUCAUUGAAUCGGUAUUGUCAAUUUCUUUCUUUUUACCGGUAAAUUCAAGGAAAUGUUUACGGGAAGAGAUCCACAAAGACGUGCUAGUCACGGGGGAGUAUGAAAUCAGCGAGCAGUCCAACAUAAAAACCAACCUGAAGGUGAGUUUGAUGCUGCUGGCGUUACGGUACUGGCGGGUAAGCUAACCUAACUAGCUGUUAACAGUGAAUGCCCAAACGCAGUUUACGUGGAAAUGCUAACGUAGCGAGUUAUCCAUAUAAAUUGCUAUCCAUAACAGCUAACUAGCUAAACGUCUUGUUGACAGCUGCUGUUAGCGUCCUAGUUGCCGUUAGUGUCCUAGCUAACGUUAGCGUAGUUGGGCCUGUGACAGAUCCUUCCUGGUUCUUGCGCUUUUAAAUGGUUUUGAUAGAAAUAGCAGAAUUGUACAUUUUCUCAAACGAAGUGUGUAUAGUAUUAAAUACGUAAAGGUAUUUAAACUUGCAGAUCAUGGCUAGUGUGUCGCUAGCUAACUAUUUUGUUAUUUCAAUGUUUAGUUUCAGUUGAGUUGGUGAAAACUCAUUCAGGAUGUUACACGUCAGUCUUAACUCCCCCAUUCACUCUGUGAAACGUGUAGCUACUAGUUAGCUCAUGAGGAUGAUGUCAACAAUGUGGAUGCAAGGUUAUAAUAAGACUUGACAACUCAUACAAAUCAUAAUCAUACAAGUCUAUAAUUUGCCUACAUUGACAAAGUUAGCUGAUUUUGUGUGAGAGAGAGUUUACAUUACACGCCACUGGGUAAACAUUUCCCAUUGCAACUGUCUAACACCAGCUGUCAAUACACGUGUUGUAUUUUCUGCCUUUAUUUACGUUUACAUAAUUUACAGUGAGGGAAAAAAGUAUUUGAUCCCCUGCUGAUUUUGUACGUUUGCCCACUGACAAAGACAUGAUCAGUCUAUAAUUUUAAUGGUAGGUUUAUUUGAACAGUGAGAGACAGAAUAACAACAAAAAAAUCCAGAAAAAUGCAUGUCAAACAUUUUAUAAAUUGAUUUGCAUUUUAAUGAGGGAAAUAAGUAUUUGACCCCUCUGCUAAACAUGACUUAGUACUUGGUGGCAAAACCCUUGUUGGCAAUCACAGAGGUCAGACGUUUCUUGUAGUUGGCCACCAGGUUUGCACACAUCUCAGGAAGGACUUUGUCCCACUCCUCUUUGCAGAUCUUCUCCAAGUCAUUAAGGUUUUGAGGCUGACGUUUGGCAACUCGAACCUUCAGCUCCCUCCACAGAUUUUCUAUGGGAUUAAGGUCUGGAGACUGGCUAGGCCACUCCAGGACCUUAAUGUGCUUCUUCUUGAGCCACUCCUUUGUUGCCUUGGCCGUGUGUUUUGGGUCAUUGUCAUGCUGGAAUACCCAUCCACAACCCAUUUUCAAUGCCCUGGCUGAGGGAAGGAGGUUCUCACCCAAGAUUUGACGGUACAUGGCCCCGUCCAUCAUCCCUUUGAUGCGGUGAAGUUGUCCUGUCCCCUUAGCAGAAAAACACCCCCAAAGCAUAAUGUUUCCACUUCCAUGUUUGACGGUGGGGAUGGUGUUCUUGGGGUCAUAGGCAGCAUUCCUCAUCCUCCAAACACGGCGAGUUGAGUUGAUGCCAAAGAGCUCCAUUUUGGUCUCAUCUGACCACAACACUUUCACCCAGUUCUCCUCUGAAUCAUUCAGAUGUUCAUUGGCAAACUUCAGACGGGCCUGUAUAUGUGCUUUCUUGAGCAGGGGGACCUUGCGUGCGCUGCAGGAUUUCAGUCCUUCACGCCGUAGUGUGUUACCAAUUGUUUUCUUGGUGACUAUGUUCCCAGCUGCCUUGAGAUCAUUGACAAGAUCCUCCCGUGUAGUUCUGGGCUGAUUCCUCACCGUUCUCAUGAUCAUUGCAACUCCACGAGGUGAGAUCUUGCAUGGAGCCCCAGGCCGAGGGAGAUUGACAGUCCUUUUGUGUUUCUUCCAUUUGCGAAUAAUCGCACCAACUGUUGUCACCUUCUCACCAAGCUGCUUGGCGAUGGUCUUGUAGCCCAUUCCAGCCUUGUGUAGGUCUACAAUCUUGUCCCUGACAGCCUUGGAGAACUCUUUGGUCUUGGCCAUGGUGGAGAAUUUGGAAUCUGAUUGAUUGAUUGCUUCUGUGGACAGGUGUCUUUUAUACAGGUAACAAGCUGAGAUUAGGAGCACUCCCUUUAAGAGUGUGCUCCUAAUCUCAGCUCGUUACCUGUAUAAAAGACACCUGGGAGCCAGAAAUCUUUCUGAUUGAGAGGGGGUCAAAUAGUUAUUUCCCUCAUUAAAAUGCAAAUCAAUUUAUAACAUUUCUGACAUGCGUUUAUCUGGAUGUUUUUGUUGUUAUUCUGUCUCUCACUGUUCAAAUAAACCUACCAUUUAAAAUUAUAGACUGAUCAUUUAUUUGUCAGUGGGCAAACUUACAAAAUCAGCAGGGGAUCAAAUACUUUUUUCCCUCACUGUAGCAGAAGAUCUUAUCCAGAGCGACUUACAAAUUGGUGCAUUCAACUAAUGAUAGCCAGUGGGACAACCACCUUAAAAAAAAAAAAAAAAAAACAUUUGUGGGGGAAGAAGGAUUACUUUAUACUAUUCCAGGUAUUCCUUAAAGAGGGAGGGUUUCAAAUGUCUCCGGAAGGUGGUGAGUGACUCCGCUGUCCUGGCGUCGUGGGGGAGCUUGUUCCACCAUUGGGGUGCCAGAGCAGCGAACAGUUUUGAUUGGGCUGAGCGGGAACUGUGCUUCCGUAGAGGUAGGGGGGCUAGCAGGCCAGAGGUGGAUGAACGUAGUGCCCUCGUUUGGGUGUAGGGUCUGAUCAGAGCCUGAAGGUAAGGAGGUGCCGUUCCCCUCACAGCUCCGUAGGCAAGCACCAUGGUCUUGUAGUAGAUGCGAGCCUCAACUGGAAGCCAGUGGAGUGUGCGGAGGAGCGGGGUGACGUGAGAGAACUUGGGAAGGUUGAACACCAGACGGGCUGCGGCAUUCUGGAUAAGUUGUAGGGGUUUAAUGGCACAGGCAGGGAGCCCAGCCAACAGCGAGUUGCAGUAAUCCAGACGGGAGAUGACAAGUGCCUGGAUUAGGAGCCGCUUUCUGUGUAAGGUAGGGUCGUAUGUUGUAGAGCAUGAACCUGCAGGAUCGGGUCACCGCUUUGAUGUUAGUGGAGAAUGACAGGGUGUUGUCCAGGGUCACGCCAAGGUUCUUUGGACUCUGGGAGGAGGACACAAUGGAGUUGUCAACCGUGAUGGCGAGAUCAUGGAGCGGGCAGUCCUUCCCCGGGAGGAAGAGCAGCUCCGUCUUGCUGAGGUUCAGCUUGAGGUGGUGAUCCGACAUCCACACUGAUAUGUCUGCCAGACAUGCAGAGAUGCGAUUCGCCACCUGGUUAUCAGAAGAAGAAGAACAUUAAUUGUGUGUUGUCUACGUAGCAAUGAUAGGAGAGACCAUGUGAGGAUAUGACAGAGCCAAGUGACUUGGUGUAUAGAGAGAAUAGGAGAGGGCCUAGAACUGAGCCCUGGGGGACACCAGUGGUGAGAGCACAUGGUGCGGAGACAGAUUCUCGCCACGCCACCUGGUAGGAGCGACCUGUCAGGUAGGACGCAAUCCAAGAGUGAGCAGCGCCGGAGAUGCCCAACUCAGAGAGGGUGGAGAAGAGGAUCUGAUGGUUCACAGUAUCAAAGGCAGCGGAUACAGUGGGGGAAAAAAAUGUAUUUAGUCAGCCACCAAUUGUGCAAGUUCUCCCACUUAAAAAGAUGAGAGAGGCCUGUAAUUUUCAUCAUAGGUACACGUCAACUACGACAGACAAAUUGAGAGAGAAAAAAUCCAGAAAAUCACAUUGUAGGAUUUUUAAUGAAUUUAUUUGCAAAUUAUGGUGGAAAAUAAGUAUUUGGUCACGUACAAACAAGCAAGAUUUCUGGCUCUCACAGACCUGUAACUUCUUCUUUAAGAGGCUCCUCUGUCCUCCACUCGUUACCUGUAUUAAUGGCACCUGUUUGAACUUGUUAUCAGUAUAAAAGACACCUGUCCACAACCUCAAACAGUCACACUCCAAACUCCACUAUGGCCAAGACCAAAGAGCUGUCAAAGGACACCAGAAACAAAAUUGUAGACCUGCACCAGGCUGGGAAGACUGAAUCUGCAAUAGGUAAGCAGCUUGGUUUGAAGAAAUCAACUGUGGGAGCAAUUAUUAGGAAAUGGAAGACAUACAAGACCACUGAUAAUCUCCCUCGAUCUGGGGCUCCACGCAAGAUCUCACCCCGUGGGGUCAAAAUGAUCACAAGAACAGUGAGCAAAAAUCCCAGAACCACACGGGGGGACCUAGUGAAUGACCUGCAGAGAGCUGGGACCAAAGUAACAAAGCCUACCAUCAGUAACACACUACGCCGCCAGGGACUCAAAUCCUGCAGUGCCAGACGUGUCCCCCUGCUUAAGCAAGUACAUGUCCAGGCCCGUCUGAAGUUUGCUAGAGUGCAUUUGGAUGAUCCAGAAGAUGAUUGGGAGAAUGUCAUAUGGUCAGAUGAAACCAAAAUAGAACUUUUUGGUAAAAACUCAACUCGUCGUGUUUGGAGGACAAAGAAUGCUGAGUUGCAUCCAAAGAACAACAUACCUACUGUGAAGCAUGGGGGUGGAAACAUCAUGCUUUGGGGCUGUUUUUCUGCAAAGGGACCAGGACGACUGAUCUGUGUAAAGGAAAGAAUGAAUGGGGCCAUGUAUCGUGAGAUUUUGAGUGAAAACCUCCUUCCAUCAGCAAGGGCAUUGAAGAUGAAACGUGGCUGGGUCUUUCAGCAUGACAAUGAUCCCAAACACACCGCCCGGGCAACGAAGGAGUGGCUUCGUAAGAAGCAUUUCAAAGGUCCUGGAGUGGCCUAGCCAGUCUCCAGAUCUCAACCCCAUAGAAAAUCUUUGGAGGGAAUUGAAAGUCAGUGUUGUCCAGCGACAGCCCCAAAACAUCACUGCUCUAGAGGAGAUCUGCAUGGAGGAAUGGGCCAAAAUACCAGCAACAUUGUGUGAAAACCUUGUGAAGACUUACAGAAAACGUUUGACCUGUGUCAUUGCCAACAAAGGGUAUAUAACAAAGUAUUGAGAAACUUUUGUUAUUGACCAAAUACUUAUUUUCCACCAUAAUUUGCAAAUAAAUUCAUUAAAAAUCCUACAAUGUGAUUUUCUGGAUUUUUUUUCCUCAUUUUGUCUGUCAUAGUUGACGUGUACCUAUGAUGAAAAUGACAGGCCUCUCUCAUCUUUUUAAGUGGGAGAACUUGCACAAUUGCUGGCUGACUAAAUACUUUUUUCCCCCACUGUAGGUCUAGAAGGAUAAGAGCAGAGGGGAGAGAGUUAGCUUUAGCAGUGCGGAGAGGCUCCUUGACACAGAGAAGAGAAGUCUCAGUUGAAUGACCAUUCUUGAAUCCUGACUGGUUUGGAUCAAGGUGGUCAUUCUGAGAGAGCUAGCAGGAGAGUUGGCUAGAGACGGCACGCUCAAGAGUUUUGGAGAGAAAAUAAAGAAGGGAUACUGGUCUGUAGUUGUUGACAUCGGAGGGAUCGAGUGUAGGUUUUUUGAGGAGGGGUGCAAUUCUCGCUCUCUUGAAGACGGAAGGGACAUAGCCAGCGGUCAAGGAUGAGUUGAUGAGCGAGGUGAGGUAAGGGAGAAGGUCUCCGGAAAUGGUCUGGAGAAGAGAGGAGGGGAUAGGGUCAAGCGGGCAGGUUGUUGUUGUUGUUGUUUAUGUUAUUGUAUUAUCACCUGUGUUUAGAUCACAGACUCGUCGGGACACACCCUCUACUCAAAGGAAGAUGCAACGAAAGGGAAGUUUGCCUUCACAACAGAGGAUUAUGACAUGUUUGAAGUGUGCUUUGAGAGCAAGUCACCCAUGGGUAAGUCAAAGUGCAUAGUAUUUAUUUUGUGGUACUUAAUGAUGGGAAUCCUUAACCUAGAUGUUUGGAAGGAUGUUAACCUUAACCUAGAUGUUUAAACUCCUGAGUGGCGCAGUGGUCUAAGGCACUGCAUCGCAGUGCUAACUGUGCCACUAGAGAUCCUGGUUCGAAUCCAGGCUCUGUCGCAGCCGGCCGCGACCGGGAGACUCAUGGGCGGCGCACAAUUGGCCCAGCGUCGUCCAGGGUAGGGGAGGGAAUGGCCGGCAGGGAUGUAGCUCAGUUGAUAGCGCAUGGCGUUUGCAAUACCAGGGUUGUGGGUUCGAUUCCCACGGGGGGCCAGUAUGAUAAAUAAAAUAAUGUAUGCACUCACUAACUGUAAGUCGCUCUGGAUAAGAGCGUCUGCUAAAUGACUUAAAUGUAAAUGUAAAAUGGAAGGAGCAGGCAUUGUUCAAUGCAAUUUAUAGCCUAACUGCAUUACUCCUCAAGUAGUCAUUUGUUGACAGAUUAGCCUGGGUUUGAGUUAGCUUUCCACUGAUAAGCAUGACACAAAGUACAACAGGUUCUGGAUUUCAGGCUAUAGCUGGCCAGCACAUGCAAGAUUUGGGUCAGGGUUCUGAGAACACUCCUCUGUUUAAACACUUAAUGGAGGCCAGUCAGUCUGCAACCAAUAAGUGAACGAAGCAGCAGGGGAUAAAUUGGGACGGUACAGGUUUAUAGCAGGACCACAUUCACUACCCAAGUGUUGUUAAACGUUGCAGAUAGAAAUGCUAACAGUGUUUGUUCUACAUUAGCAUAUUUCUAUCUGAAUGAAACAAAACAUUGUGACCUGCCAAAUGCACUCCAUGUGACUGGAAGGAGUCCUUCCAACUUGUGUCAUUGCUUGCUGUUAUUGAAUAAGCUGAGUAAAGCCAUCCCAUGCCUUGUAAAUGUAGUAAAUGAUGUGUUUGUUCUGUCACCCAGGAACUGGGAGGAUCCCUGACCAGCUGGUUAAUCUGGACAUGAAACACGGAGUGGAGGCCAAGAACUAUGAAGAGGUGAGUCACUGGUACUGGCGGUACGGGUGGUACGGGUACAGCUGGUGCUGGUACUGCUGCUGGUACUAGUGGUACUGCUGCUGGUGCUAGUGGUACUGCUGCUGGUGCUAGUGGUACUGCUGCUGGUGCUAGUGGUACUGCUGCUGGUACUAGUGGUACUGCUGCUGGUACUAGUGGUACUGCUGCUGGUACUGCUGCUGCUGGUACUAGUGGUACUGCUGCUGGUACUAGUGGUACUGGUGCUAGUGGUACUGCUGCUGGUACUAGUGGUACUGCUGCUGGUACUAGUGGUACUGCUGCUGGUACUAGUGGUACUGCUGCUGGUACUGCUGCUGCUGGUACUAGUGGUACUGCUGCUGGUACUAGUGGUACUGCUGCUGGUACUAGUGGUACUGCUGCUGGUGCAGGUACUGGUACUGCUGCUGGUACUAGUGGUACUGCUGCUGGUGCUAGUGGUACUGCUGCUGGUACUAGUGGUACUGCUGCUGGUACUGCUGCUGGUACUAGUGGUACUGCUGCUGGUACUAGUGGUACUGCUGCUGGUACUAGUGGUACUGCUGCUGGUACUAGUGGUACUGCUGCUGGUACUGCUGCUGGUACUAGUGGUACUGCUGCUGGUACUAGUGGUACUGCUGCUGGUACUAGUGGUACUGCUGCUGGUACUAGUGGUACUGCUGCUGGUACUGCUGCUGGUACUAGUGGUACUGCUGCUGGUACUAGUGGUACUGCUGCUGGUGCUAGUGGUACUGCUGCUGGUACUAGUGGUACUGCUGCUGGUGCUAGUGGUACUGCUGCUGGUGCUAGUGGUACUGCUGCUGGUACUAGUGGUACUGCUGCUGGUACUAGUGGUACUGCUGCUGGUGCUAGUGGUACUGCUGCUGGUACUAGUGGUGCUGCUUCUGCUGGUACUAGUGGUACUGCUGCUGGUGCUAGUGGUACUGCUGCUGGUACUAGUGGUACUGCUGCUGGUACUAGUGGUACUGCUGCUGCUGCUGGUACUAGUGGUACUGCUGCUGGUACUAGUGGUACUGCUGCUGGUGCUAGUGGUACUGCUGCUGGUGCUAGUGGUACUGCUGCUGGUACUAGUGGUACUGCUGCUAGUGGUACUGCUGCUGGUACUAGUGGUACUGCUGCUGGUGCUAGUGGUACUGCUGCUGGUACUAGUGGUGCUGCUUCUGCUGGUACUAGUGGUACUGCUGCUGGUGCUAGUGGUACUGCUGCUGGUACUAGUGGUACUGCUGCUGGUACUAGUGGUACUGCUGCUGGUACUAGUGGUACUGCUGCUGGUGCUAGUGGUACUGCUGCUGGUACUAGUGGUACUGCUGCUGGUACUAGUGGUACUGCUGCUGGUACUAGUGGUACUGCUGCUGGUACUAGUGGUACUGCUGCUGGUACUAGUGGUACUGCUGCUGGUACUAGUGGUACUGCUGCUGGUACUAGUGGUACUGCUGCUGGGGGGGGGUUUAUGUGCACUACGUCAUCACGCACAGCCUUUUAUCCACAAAAAGGCUGUUUGAUGGAAACAUCUCUGUCGGGAAAAUGCGCAUAUUGUUUUUAAUGCAUAUUUUAGAAUAUUCACAUGAAAAUCUGUCUCCAUUUGGAUGGAAACCAAGCUAGUGUGAUGUGAAACGACUAAAACCGGAUGUAAAGUAUGGAGAUGUACAGUAUAGUUUAUAGAUCAUCUUUGAGCAUCAACAACCACCAAAAUAAAAAACUACACAAUCUCAUAUAAAAUUCAUGGCAUGGGGCUCCCAUAGCGAAUGGGCGGCAGGUAGCUUAGUGGUUAAGAGCGUUGUGCCAGUAACCGAAAGGUCGCUGGUUCUAAUCCCCGAGCCGACUAGAUGAAAAAUCUGUCGAUGUGCCCCUUGAGCAAGGCACUUAACCCUAAUUGCUCAUGUAAGUCGUUCUGGAUAAGAGCGUCUGCUAAAUGACUAAAAUGUAAAAAUGUAAAUGAUGACUGAGUCACUCUAGUAUUAGAACACGGUCUACAGAAAGUAUACAAACCAAUUGACUUAUUCCACAUUUUGUUGUUACAACCUGAAUUCAAAAUGUAUUAAAUAUAUAUUUUUCUCAUCCAUCUACACAAAAUACCCCGUAAUGGCAAAGUGAAAACAUGUUUACAUUUUUUUUUUUGUGUGCAAAUGUAUUGAACAUAAAAUACAGAAAUACCUAAAUUAACAUCAGCAUUCACACCCCUGAGUCAAUGCAUGUUAGAAUCACCUUUGGCAGCGAUUACGGCUGUGAGUCUUUCUGGGUAAGUCUCUAAGAGCUUUGCACACCUGGAUUGUACAAUAUUUGCACAUUAUGCUUUUUAAAAUUCUUCAAGCUCUGUCAAGUUGGUUGUUGAUCAUUGCUAGACAGCCAUUUUCAAGUCUUGCCAUAUAGUUUCAAGUAGAUUUAAGUCAAAACUGUAACUCGGCCACCAGGGCCUAAAAUUAACACUGGCCACCUGCCAAAUGCGGGUAGGUUUUGACAUUGGCGGCCAAGUAAGAUGUCAAAGAUUUUUUUCAUACUGGCCCCCCGUGGGAAUCGAACCCACAACCCUGGCGUUGCAAGCGCCAUGCUCUACCAACUGAGCUACACAGGCCCUGUGAUAUUUUGGUUAAAAGACUCAGGUCACAAAAAAUGAAAUUAAACCAUAUACCACAUUACUUCUUACUAGUAAUGCAUUUGUUUUUAGAAACAUUACAAAGCAAGCUCAUCUGUUUUUUUGUGUUUUGAUGGUGUAAUGUUAGUGUGCAAAAAGUAUUUUGUCUGGUACAAAAUCUGAGUGGCUGGUAGAGUUUUUAAAUCUACUUCCCACAGUGGCUGGAGGACAAAAAAGUUAAUUUUAUGCCCUGUCGGCCACUGAGGAACAUUCACUGUCUUCUUGGUAAGCAACUCCAGUGUAGAUUUGGCCUUGUGUUUUAGGUUAUUGACCUGCUGAAAGUUGAAUGUGUCUCCCAGUGUCUGUUGGAAAGCAGACUGAGCCAAGUUUUCCUCUAGGACUUUUCCUGUGCUUAGCUCUAUUGCGUUUAUUUUUAUCCUAAAAAACUCCCUAGUCCUUGUCAAUGACAAGCAUACCCAUAACAUGAUGCAGCCACAGUGAUGUGUUGGAUUUGCCCCAAACAUAACGCUUUGUAUUCAGGACAUAAAGGUAAUUUCUUUGCCACAUUUUUUGCAGUAUUACUUUAGUGCCUUAUUGCAAACAGGAUGCAUGUUUUGGAAUAUCUUUAUUCUGUACAGGCUUCCUUCUUUUCACUCUGUCAUUUAGGUUAGUAUUGUGGAGUAACUACAAUGUUGUUGAUCCAUCCUCAGUUUUCUCCUAUCACAGCCAUUAAACUCUGUAACUGUUUUAAAGUGAGCGGUUUCCUUCCUCUCCGGCAACUGAAUUAGGAAGGACGCCUGUAUCUUUGUAGUAACUGGGUGUAUUGAUACACCAUCCAAAGUGUAAUUAAUAACUUCACCAUGCUCAAAGGGAUAUUCAAUGUCUGUUUUUUUUUGUUUUUUUCAUCUUUGCGAGACAUUGAAAAACCUCCCUGGUCUUUGUGGUUGAAUCUGUGUUUGAAAUCCACUGCUCGACUGAGUCCUUCAAAAAAUCAUGUUAAACACUAUUAUUACACAUUCUUACUCCUGAACUUAUUUAGGCUUGCCAUAACAAAGGGGUUGAAUACUUAUUGACACUCAAGACAUUUCAUCUUUGUAUAUAUUUUUUUUUUCAUUUGUAAAAAUGUCAAAAGACAUAACUACACUUUGACGUUAUGGGGUAUUGUGUGUAGACCAGUGACACAAUCCAUUUUUAAAUUCAGGCUGUAGAAUAACUAAAUGUGGAAAAGUCAAGGUGUGUGUGAACACUUUCUGAAGGCACUACGGUAAACACUGCACACACUGUUCUGCUGACUUGUAUUGUGAAUUGCUAACCCACUCUACCCACACACCCCACGCACACUGAUUGAGCCCGAGGCUAGGCCAGCUACUGCUGUCUGUGUUCAUGUGGGCAAGCCUGUGUGGGUGAAUACUGUACAGUACAUUCGUACUUAGCUACGGAACGUCACUGUGUGGUGUAGACUAGAACGUAGUUGGCAAGGAAACUAGGAAGUGCAAGUUGGCUAGAAUCCCUGUCUUGUCUGUAGCCAACGCAAUGUCUUGCUACUGUGACGUCUGGUCUGUCUGGUCUGUCUGGUCUGUCUGGUCUGUCUGGUCUGUCUGGUCGUCUGGUCUGUCUGGUCUGUCUGGUCUGUCUGGUCUGUCUGGUCUGGUCUGUCUGGUCUGUCUGGUCUGUCUGGUCUGUCUGGUCUGUCUGGUCAUCUGGUCUGUCUGGUCUGGUCUGUCUGGUCAUCUGGUCUGUCUGGUCUGUCUGGUCAUCUGGUCUGUCUGGUCUGUCUGGUCUGGUCUGGUCUGUCUGGUCAUCUGGUCAUCUGGUCUGUCUGGUCAUCUGGUCUGUCUGGUCAUCUGGUCUGUCUGGUCUGUCUGGUCUGUCUGGUCUGUCUGGUCUGUCUGGUCUGUCUGUCUGGUCUGUCUGUUCAUCUGGUCUGCCUGGUCUGUCUGGUCUGUCUGGUCUGUCUGGUCUGUCUGGUCAUCUGGUCUGUCUGGUCAUCUGGUCUGUCUGGUCUGUCUGGUCUGUCUGGUCAUCUGGUCUGUCUGGUCAUCUGGUCUGUCUGGUCUGUCUGGUCUGUCUGGUCUGCCUGGUCAUCUGGUCUGUCUGGUCAUCUGGUCAUCUGGUCUGUCUGGUCAUCUGGUCAUCUGGUCUGUCUGGUCAUCUUGAUUUCACUUGUUCUCUUCGUUCUUAUGCCUUGAUCAGACCGACAGUGUCAUUGCGUUUUGGUACACCAGAAGUACAUUCAUUUCCAAUGGAACACUACGUUUGCCUUGCAGCAUUGCGUUGCAGAGGCAGUUGCAACGUAUGCAUCAAACUGUAUGCAUCAAACUGUAUGCAUCAAACUGUAUGCUUAGAUUUGAUAAAUAGUAGCAAAAGGUGAAUAUUGAACUUUUGUUGCACACAUAUCCACAAAAUAUGUUGGAUUACAUAAUGAAAAGAGUUUGACUGCAUAAUUUGUUACGCAGCAUUGAUGCAAUUACGCUGUCGGUCUGAUCAAGGCAUUACAUAUUUAUUUCAGAUACAAAGUUAUUAAUUUGAUUUACUUGGUUGAGAAAUGUGAUUUUUCCAGUUGUUCUGACAUUAUCCGCCAUUCGUAUAUAUUUGAAACGGCCCUAUCCCCUAGUCAAAAUCCUGAUGAUUUUUCAAUACAGUCCUGAUUCAAUCCCUUUUAGAUGUGGUUUAGCUGUAGCUUGGGGAAGAGACAUUCUGAGAGAGGGGAGCGGUAAAGCGUUGCGCCACCAGACAGAUUGCACUGUGUGUUCCUGUUGGAACUAUUGGACAAUAACUGCCACUGCUACAGCUCAAGAGUGACACCUACUGGACAAACUGGGACACAGCACAACAGUCCAAGCUUCUAUCUAGAAUGACCUUAUUUAUAAAUGUUCAUCCCUUUCCUGCUGCACUAUCCAACAAACAACUUGAGGAUCCUAAAUCCAAUCCAAUAAACACCAACCAGCAAGGGAUGAAUUGUGGGGUCGCGUUGUUUUUUGAUUGGCAGCUCUCUCGUCCACUCAGAUCGCCAAGGUGGAGAAGCUGAAGCCCCUGGAGGUGGAGCUAAGGCGACUGGAGGACCUAUCAGAGUCCAUCGUCAAUGACUUUGCCUACAUGAAGAAGAGGGAGGAGGAGAUGAGAGACACCAACGGUAAGAAGAACACAGUACUGAUAGUAGCAUUGCCAUUUACUAGUCUGAGAUGGACCUGUGUGUGUGUGUGUGUGUGUUGAUUAUAAUAAUAAUAAUAUGCCAUUUUAGCAGACGCUUUUAUCCAAAGUGACUUACAGUCAUGUGUGCAUAUAUUUUUACGUAUGGGUGGUCCCGGGGAUCGAACCCACUACCCUGGCGUUACAAGCGCCAUGCUCUACCAAUUGAGCUACAGAGGACCACAAUUUGAUUAAUAUGGUUGAUUAAAAUAUUUACAUUUACGUCAUUUAGCAGACGCUCUUAUCCAGAGCGACUUACAAAUUGGUGCAUUCACCUUAUAACCAGUGGGAUAACCACUUUACAAUAUGUUUUUUUUUAAAUAUAUAUAUAUUUUUUUAUCUUCUUUCUGUCGCACCCAAACCUCCUACCUCACUCCCAUCACCCCAAACCAAAGGAAAAUAAUUUGACAUAUUCAUGUGAGCUGGUCCUUUCUAGAGACUAGUGAUUUUCAAUCACAUUGAUGAUUAGCUUUAGAUCCUAGGCUAAUCUUGCUAGCUUGACAUGGCAUUGAGAACUCUACUGUGAUUAUAGAAGGCAAAUCCACAAAAUUCCAUCAGACCUAAAUGCUCAGAACAAUCAGAUAAUGGUCAACUGGCAGUGUGUGUGUGUGUGUGUGUGUGUGUGAACUUCUCAAUCCGUCUAUUUGAGAAAUCUUCCAUUGACAUCAAUACAUGUUUUAUGCAGGAUUUCAAGGUAUACAUGUGAUUGUUCCUAAUGCAUAGUCUUAGCUCAUCGUCAACACGUAUUUUUACAUUACAUUACUCAUUCUCAUCAAUAUUCUAUAUUUCUAACUACGUUCUCCUUCUUCCAGAGUCCACCAACACACGCGUCCUGUACUUCAGCAUUUUCUCUAUGUGCUGUCUGAUUGGCCUGGCCACCUGGCAGGUCUUCUACCUACGACGCUUCUUCAAGGCAAAGAAGCUCAUCGAGUAGAGAGGCACCACCACUCCGCCCAGGGGGGGAGCAGCCAAUGCUACCCGACCAACCUCCACCCUCCUCGGACUGGCUUCAGCAAAACGGCACCCUGUUCCCUGUAUAGC